AUGAAAACACCAUCAAUCUCUACGUUCCUCUUUCCCUUAUUCCUCCUCCUAUCUUCCUACUCAAUCGCCGCCCAGCCCUUCGACUACCCCACCGCAAAUCUCUCCACCACCUGGACAAACGCCGCAUCAGCACCCCACUCCGUCAGCUUCACCGACGGCUCAACAGUCCGAGCCAUCCUUCUCAGAGGAUCCUUCGGACCCAGAUACGCGUGUGGAUUCUACUGCAAUGGAACCUGCACCUCUUACCUUUUCGCUGUCUUCAUCGUGCAAACCAACAGUGGAUCUGGUAUAGUUCAACCCGCUAUCGGAUUCCCACAAGUUGUCUGGUCAGCCAACCGGAAUCGUCCGGUCAAACUCAAUGCAACGCUUAGUCUCACUACCUCCGGUGAUUUAGUCCUCCGAGACGCCGAUGGUAGCCAAGUUUGGUCCACUAACACCGCCGGGAAAUCUGUUUCCGGUAUGAACGUAACUGAUUCCGGGAACUUGGUGUUGUUUGAUUCCAAAAACGCGAUUGUUUGGCAAUCUUUUGAUCACCCCACUGACAGUUUGGUACCUGGGCAAAAACUGUAUGAAUUAGGACAGAGGUUGACUUCUAGUGUUUCGUCGACUAAUUGGAGUACAGGUUUGUAUUCACUUCAAGUCAUGAAUCGGGGGUUGUUUGCGUAUAUUGAAGAAGACUCGCGUCGAGUUUAUUACAGGUAUCUGAUCAAUGGCACAGAUAGAAGUGCAGAAAGAAGUUACGUUAGGUUCUUGAAUGGGAGUUUGUCUUUGUUCAUUCAUUCUUCUGAGCCAAGUAAUCCAGACGCUGUGAUUCCUGUACCUCAAGCAUCAUCGGCUCAGUACAUGAAGCUGAUGCCUGAUGGGCAUCUGAAAGUGUGGGAAUGGCAAGCGGGGUGGAAGGUGGUGGCUGAUUUGUUCGGAGUUCCUCGCAUGGCGUAA